AUAUGCGAAGGUUGGGGAUGGCGAAACUUGUGGAAAUCGGCAUGUAAAAUUUAUCGCCAAUCGGGAAAGGUACGACUGCUUUUUACAGUGCCUCCAUUUCCCAAAUAUUUUUUAAAAUUAAAGAAGCGUUUUGGAAAUUUUUUGUUCCACGAAAAAAAAGAGACAAUGGCAAAAGGACGAUCGGCGAUCAGUAAGAAUAUGGCCAAGAAGGCGUCCAAGCCUUCAGGUUCCCACGUUUCUGGCCUUUCCUCGGCCAAACCCUCCAAAAGAAAGGAUGCCACACUAAAGUAUGGCCAGUUGUCGAGAAAGCAAAAGCAAGAUCUCAUGGAUUACGGUGAACUCGUACCAAAGGAUUUCGAAUUGGAUCAAAAUGACGAUGACGAGGAAGGCGCUCCUUCAAAACGUCGACGAGUGAUUGACGAAGCGGAUCUGGAUCGUGAAUUGGAAGAAGAGGCAGAGCGCAUGGAGCGUCAAUUUGACAGCGAUGAGGAGCCAUCGGAAGCAGACGAUGAAGAAGACGAAGACGAUUGGGAGAAACCUUCGGCUUACUCGUUGCUCAUUGGUUCCUUGAAAAAAUCGUCACAGCAAAAGGACUUUUACAAGAAAAUCGAAAGAGAGCAGGAAGGGUACGAGGAUAUGGCCGAUGACCAAGAGGAAGAGGAAGAAGUUUAUGAAGAGGAGGAUGAUCUUGAAGAGGUGGACGAGGUAGAGGACAUCGAAUUGAACGAGGAAGACGAGGAUCUCGAGGGUUCCGAACAAGACGAUGAUGAAGAUGAUCAAGAAGAUUUGGUGGAAGACAAGGACGCAGUCGACCCUGAGGAUAAUUUAGACGAUGAAGAGGAAAUGUUUGAACUUUACGGAUCCAGUGAUGAUGAAGCAACAGAUACAGUCGUCUUUGAAGAACGUCUUGCGGAUGCUCAGCCCAAAGAUUUCGACGAAAAAGUGGCCAAGAUUGAGCAAAAGAAGUGGGUGACACAAGCAUUCGAGGACGAUCUGUUGAAGGAUGUCGUGUGUUACACUACGGGUGCCGAUAAAUCUAUCAAAGAAAAGGAGCCCAUCACGGAUCUGAAGAGUACUGGCAUGAAAGAACGCAUCGCGAACUGCUGGCAGAAAGCCAAUCAGUCUUGCUUGAAAGAGGGUCAAUCGUCCAAGCCAUUUACGCCCCUUCAGGAACGUUUGUUCAAUCACAUCCACCGGUUUCGCGAUGUCAUGUAUUGCAAUCGCACCGUCGAUAACGCCAAAGAAAUCCGCAAUAUAUACGCUCUUCAUGCUAUGAACCACGUCACCAAAACCCGCAACCGAGUGCUCAAAAACAACGCCAAAUUAGCAAGAGCACAAAGAGAAAACAAGGAGAUUGGGGAUUUGCGCGAUCAAGGUUUCACCCGCCCCAAGGUACUGAUUGUCCUGCCCUUCCGAAAUACGGUGGUGGAUGUGGUCAACACCCUUAUCAAGAUCUCGGGCACUGAUCAGCAGGACAACAAGAAGCGAUUUUACGAUCAAUUCAACUUGCUUGAGCAAGACGAGAUGGACGAAAACAAGCCUGCGGAUUUCCUCGAGACGUUCCGAGGCAAUAUUGAUGAUCAUUUCCGAUUAGCGAUCAAAUUCACCAAAAAGACCAUGAAACUUUACUGCGAUUUCUACAGUGCGGAUAUUAUCAUUGCAUCUCCUCUUGGUUUACGUACAAUGAUUGGCUCGGAAGGUGAUACGAAACGGGAUUUCGACUUUUUAUCUUCGAUUGAGCUUCUUAUUUUGGAUCAAACCAGCCAUUUCCUGAUGCAAAAUUGGGAUCACAUUGAUCAUUUGUUCCAGUAUAUGAACUUGAUUCCAGCGGAUGCUCACGGCAUGGAUAUUUCGCGUAUCAAGAGCUGGUACUUGGAUGGCAAAGCCCGUUAUCUUCGACAGACACUCGUGUUUUCCGAUUUCCUGACCCCUGAACUCAACGCAAUGUUUACCAAGUAUCUGAAAAAUGUGAGCGGAAAAAUGAAAAUCAAGCAGCAGCAUGAAGGAUCUAUCAUGGAUGUGAUUCCACAAGUACAACAGACGUUUACGCGUAUCGAUACUACGUCGUUGGCCGCCAUGGAUGAUGCACGAUUCAAAUAUUUCGUUGACAAGACCUUACCCACGCUUCGCAAAUCCGCCAUCACACAAUCCCAUACCCUUAUCUUUAUCCCAUCCUACUUUGACUUUGUCCGGUUACGCAACUUUUUUGAAGACAACAAAUAUGACUAUGAGCCCUGUUGCGAAUACACUUCUGGAAGUGGUAUUGCGCGUGCGAGAGCCCAGUUUUUCCACGGACGAACCAACUUUUUGUUAUAUACAGAACGUCUCCACUUUUUCAGAAGGUAAAGCUAGACCGUGGUGGGUACGCAUAGGGGAUAUGAAUGCACUGACAUUUGUUUGGAUGACUUCGGCCCU